GGGACUUCUUGUGUACGCCGCCACCGACGACGACCAAAAGAGUGACAUCAGGAGUGGCGGUUUCUGUUCGCGCGGCAUCACCGGCACCGCCGUUAGUUAGCCGGUCGACGCACGAAUCAUUCGCUAUACGCACGUGUGUCCGAGCGCACAAUCGCCGCGCACGUUUUACCGGCGAGAUUGUCGUCGCAAUCAUUUUUUUCUUCACAUUUACAACUCGUACACGAAACCGUGUCUAACACUACGACUCGGUCGUCUCUAUCUCUGUCUGCCACUCUAUUUCUUUAUCCAAAUCGAAACUGACAUUUAAUUCAUUGUUUUCGUCGCUAUCGCAGGGCGCUUCCGGAUUUCGUCGCAGUGGUCACUUUUUUCGGUUCCGCGAGAGGAUUCGUUCGUGCCACCGUCGGCCGGCCGUUUCGGAGCCGCAGUGUCCGCGUUCGCCGCAUAACCGGAUGGCAUGAGCCGCAGACCCGUCGCAGUCGCAGUCGCCGUCGUGGUCGCCAUCGCGGCGGCCGUGUCGUCGAUGUCUGUCGCCUUCGCGGACACCGUUUCCGCAGAUGUACUACCGGACGGCGAAGUCGAGAUACGCGUGAGCGCCGGCAACGUGACAGCCAAACGGACGUCGUUCACUUCACCAGAUACCGGAGAAGAGUUGAUGUUGCACCAAGUUACGGACGGAGUACAUUUCAUGCAAAUGAUAUACGGCACAGGAAAGACGCUUUUCGACUGUGAGUACGUCAAGGAACCCAAGACGGCCAAAGAUUUCGUUCGGGAGUUUUGGAAUGAGGAGCAAGGCAAAAAUCACACAGUGAGAUCCUUGACUAAGGAAUAUGCCUCCAUGGUAGAUUUUAAACAUUUGAAAAAGGCUUGUCAUAAAAACCAUAAGAAAACUAGAAGGAGACUUGCGAACGAGUAUCAACUACAGCAGCAGCAUCAUCAGAGCACCACUGCAGACGUCGUCGCUAACGACGGCAAACGGCGAAAGAGAGAUCUGAUGUCCGUGUUAAGAGUUCCUGGAACAAAAUGGUGUGGGAAAGGGCGUUCAGCGAAAUCGUAUAGACAACUCGACGGGUUCGGCGGAGCGGAUCGAUGUUGCAGGAUCCAUGACACGUCUUGUCCAAUGUGGAUUGGCGCUUUGCAAAGUAAAUACGGUCUGUUCAACUGGAGACUGAACACGCUCAUGCAUUGCUCGUGCGACCGCAGGUUCCGGUCGUGUUUGAAAACAAUCGGCACCGGAUCCGCGAACCUGAUCGGCAAGCUGUUCUUCAACGUGGUGCAGACAAAAUGUUUUGUAUUGAAACGCGUGCGGGUGUGCACGAAAAAAACGUGGUGGGGCAAGUGCCACAGGCACGAAAAUAGGAAGAAAGCUUACAUCAGGAACAAUCUUACGUAUUGAACAUUUCGCUUUUGUAUAUAAUAUUAACCUACUUAUAUAUAUACGUACAUAUUAUUUAUAGAUACAUAUUAUUAUAUAAGAUUUCUUAGUCUUGUCAUACUCUACAGAGCCAGCUUAUUUCCUAUGUAUAAGUAGUAUAUAUAGGUAUUUUCAAACACACACUUUUACACUUUAUACAUUUCCGGUAAACGGAUAUUUUUUUUGUGUUGUCAUAAAUACAUAUAUAUAGGUUUAAUCAAAUUAUGUACGAUUUACCAUAUUGACCUUAGAGGUAGGUACCUACUACAUGCAGUCACCUAUAAUUCUUAUAUUGCUAAAUAAUUAUGUUAUAGAUAUAAGUAUACGAUUUAAGUAAGGUUCCAUUAAGAUGACUAAAUUAUGCGUAAGUAUAGUACUAUAUAGGGGCGCCGAGUACAAGGGGGUCUUGGGCUCUGCAACUCCCCACAUGAGCUCGAUAAAGUGGAGCUCAGCCCCCUCCCACGGUUCUCAAAUUGUAAAGUGCCAUCAAAGUACUAAUUUCAUUCAUGAUAGAUUGAUUGAGAAAAAUAAAAAAAUUUCCGAUAUUAAUAACAGAGAAAAAGUCUAGAUUUUGGUAAUCAAUUAGGUUCUUGGUUAAUAAUUGGUCAAUUGGUGUCUGAUUAACCGUAUGAAUUGGUAUGAUAGUGGUUUGAUAUAAAAUAAUAUUAUACACUAUACCUAUUCUGUCACAUUUUAAAUAAUAUUUCCAUUCUUCGUGUUCACCGUGAUGAAGAAAUAAAUUUAGAAACUGUUGCAAACCAAUUCAUAAACAAUAAUUCUUAAGUGCGGAAAAAUACAUUUUCUAU